GACAAAAAUUCAGGCACAAAGGCAAAGGCCUGAUCUGAUGAAAGGGAGCCAGCGAAAAGUUCGGUAAACGUUGUUCUUCUUCUACGUUCUAUUGCUGUCAUUGGUAAAAACAUCACUUACGGCCCUAGUAAAAAGCUAAUGGUAUUGAUGGCAUUGGUGAAUGUUACAGCAAGUCCCUAAUCACAAGAGUCGUGCUGCAUUCUGGAAAUUCUAAUUUUCUUGAGAAAUUAGGAUAUUUAGAUUGGAUAGUUUUUUUGAUACCAGACUACCUGCACGAGUCGAACUUCUUUAUCUUAGGGCUGGGUCGUCGUGGAAGACCUUGAGUAUGGACCGGAGGGCCAGACGCCGCAAGCAUGCUCCCGCGACGACUCCGACGAAAGAGGAAAAACGUGAGAUGGAUAAGGUGGCCAAGUACAUGAAGAAGACCUUGAAAACUAAGCAGGUCACAGUGAAGGGGGAAAACCUGGAGGUGUUCACAGGUUCCAAAGCCGUGGAUGGCCUCAUGGAGUCCGAGUGGGGAGGUGCUAGCAGGCGUUCUGCCUCAGGAGAAGCCGAGCUUGCCUUUCCAUCACGUGUCUCUGCAGCUAACUACUGCCAACGGCUUCUGGAGAAUGGCUAUUUCCUGCGAGGCUUUCGUGUGGAGGUGACGUCCAGCAAGGACAAGAAAGGACCAGACCAAGGUGAUGGUGAUUCAAAGUCCUCUGCAGCUCAGCGUAGGAAAGGUAAAAAAGAAGUAAGCGGCGAUGGCAGUGGAGCAGAAAAAGAAAAGAAGCAGCAGCCUGAGAAAGCAGACAAGUCAGAGAAAUCAUCAGAGAAGAAGACGAAGAAGAAGUUCAAGAUUGGCUUCCACGAGCGUGAGGAUCAGUUCUUUGAGGAUUCUUCCUCUGAGAUCUUUAUCUGGCAGUACAAUCCGUCGUCAUGGCGUUCAACCCUGAUCGGCCUUGCCUUGCUGACGCUUGUUAUCAGUCUGACCAUGUACCCGCUCUGGCCGGAUUGGUCCCGUGUUGGUGCCUACUAUGUAUGCCUUGGUCUGGCCGCUUUGUUAGGCUUGCUGCUGUUGGCCGAGCUGCUGAGGAUUGUCAUAUUCGCCGGUAUCUGGCUGACGACGUGGGGUAGAGUUCACUUCAUGAUCCUGCCGAACCUUUACGAGGAUGUUGGUUUCUGGGACUCGUUCAGGCCGGCGUUCUCGCUCGAGUACAUGGGGAAAGAUUUGGAUGAUGAUGAUAAUGAUGAUGAUGACAAUGAGAACGACGAGCGGGCGGAGAAGCGCGAGAGAAGCGUAGAUACCGGAAGCGACACUGACCGGCCUGAUGAUGAUGAAAGCGCGUGUAGGACCGCUGCCACUCUCGAGGCGGACAGCGCGGACGGAUCCCAUUCAAAUGAAACAACCACCAAUGAAGAUGGUGAUGGAGUGAGCUGAGAUAUUUUCUUUUAUGCAUGCGAGUCUUUAUUAAAUAUUGCCCUGCUGGUCUGCGCAAGAACUGUUUUUUAUCUAGAUAACACUGAGCUUUUCAUUUCGCAUUGGUUUUUUACUCAUACCUAAUUUAUCGCACAUAUUCUCCUGUGUAUCGACAGCACAACGGUCAUCCGCAAGUGUGUUCUGCUUGA